CUUGAUACCGCUACAUCUCCAAGCGCUUAUUUCCCGAAUUUGAAUCCGCAGUAUAUAGCAACUUCAACUAACUUGUCUCUUACCAUCAUGCGCAUAGGGCAGGGCGCCGCCUUGCAGCGCUUACAUUCGACGCUCGACUCGACUCGCCUUCUUCUCAUUCGCGUCUCUCGUUCACUCGCAUCUUCUCGACUACUUCCGGUCCUUGGACUCUUCACGAGCCUGCUCGCGCUCGCAUUCGCGUUUCUGUGGCGGUUUUCCCACCUGCUCACCGCUGUUGUUCUUUUCCGAUACAUCUGGAAGUCGUUAUACGCCUUUUACCAAGCUAAACUCGGGGGCGCAUGGGGUCCAGCGUUUCCGCCGCAUCGGACGAACUUUAUCCUGGCGGUUGGGACGAUACCAAUAUGGGGGCUGGGCAUGGCGGGAAUUAUGCUUGCCAGUGCGAUUGUGAGGAGGUUGUGGAGCGGCGCACGACUCCGUUGGGAGGGCGGCAAACGCGGGGGGCAUGUCAACGGAAAUGGUCAUGGGCGGUACGAGGCAAUUCCGUUGAACGUCGAUGAUGUGGAGGAAAUGGAGGAGGAAGAUACCCGGAGGCGGCGGCAACGAAGGGAGUCGCCAACUCCAGCCCUAAAAACCCGGCUGCUCUGGCUGGGCUUGCUGGUGUUUUACCUCUCCCUCGCCCUGUUUGGGCUCUAUAUGUGGAAGACGUAUGAGCUCCCCAUUGACAAUCGGUUCAAAGCACGCGUGGAGCUCGCAAAUCGCGUGCCCAAGAGAGAAGGCUACUCGACCCAAGAGAAAAUCUAUAUUGCCGCCAUGUUCUAUAAUAACGAAGGUGUACUACCUUAUUGGAUAACCCAAACAACCCGCUUAAUACACUACCUGGGGCCUGACAACGUUUUUGUCUCCAUCGUUGAAUCCAACUCUGGCGACAAGACGGCCGCGCUACUGGAAUCUUUUGCCGACACACUUACGUCCCUUGCUGUCUCUCACAAAAUUACUACCCAUGAUACCACCAUACCUCGUCCACCGUCAAUGGAUACCGCUCCUCCCCGAAUUGAAUUCCUCAUCUUUGUCAACCCACUGGUGAUCAACUCGUAUUCAUGGGAGUUCUACGUGUAUUUCAAGUACAUCACCCGACACUGGGUCGUCAAAUGGUUCAUCGAGCAUGUUGAGAACGGCUAUGGCUUCCACCAGGCGCGAAUGAUAUUGGGCAAUCCGGAGAAUGUGUACAUGUGGGACGGGGGAGCUUGUCACCCGUGGCGGUGA